UUAUAUUUGUUUUUCAAAACUGGAGGCACCUCAAACUCCUACGUUAUUUCUAAAACCAAUAGACCAUACUUUGCCAUCGGAGUAAGUGGUCUGCGAGAGACCCUAGAGAAAUAGGAUCCUGGCCUCUGGGACAGUUAAAUUUGAGAACGACCUAUAAUCCUCUAUCACCAGUCACUGCCUCUUCAAUCUUUGCCGAGAAAGUCUUAUUCUUCCGCCUUAGACAACUAGUUCUUAUGCCUCUCGACAGCUCGGGUAAAUGGUAAAUCUUUCAAGUCUCCAUCUUUCAUAUCAAUUCUCAACUUUCUAGUUAUCAGUUGCCCCACUUACCAAACUUCCUAGUUCCUAGUUCAGGCUUUACCUAUUCUCUUACCUCCUCCCAAUCUCAACUCUUAUUCUUUGUUCUCUCAAGUCUUCCCAUUUCUCAUAAUCUUAUCUCCAUUCUCUCUGACUACCACCUCUAACAUAAUUACUACUUCUCAUAAUGAUAGAAUCCCACUCCCAUCCCUUCUUGUAUGUUAAUCGGUAAGUGCUAACUCUUUAUCUCUCAUAGUUUCUUUUCAAAUCCAUAACCAUUAUACAAUAGUAACCAUCACACCUCAUUAAGUUGGGAUGUACACGGGUCGGUUGGUUCAGAUUUAACCGUUUUAAUCACCCGAGUCAUACACUUCGAUUUUGAGAACACUAGAUCCAAACCCACCAAAAAUAGUUAGGACCAUACGGUUUGUUUUAUGAUUGAGUUGGAUUGAGUGAACAAUAAAUUUGAGUAAUAACCCAACCCAAUACAAAAAUGUGCAAUAGUUCUAUAAUUGUACACAAGAAAAACAACACUGUGAAUCAUAGUUCUUAUUAACUCUAUGUUUAAAUUUUCACUUGAAGAAUGCAUUACGUUAGUGAGACAACACGAGUUAAAAAUGAUAAAAUAUUCUAAAUUUCUCAUAUGAUGAUUUCUCUCCCAAACUUUGUGAUUUCUCUUCUCCAUGGAGUAAACUUUCUUUUCAUCUGGAUAUGAGGAACUCUAGUCGUGUAUAAUAAGAAUGGUUAAAAGUGGCAAAUGAAUUUAUCCAUAAAUUAAUGAAUCCAUAGAUCAAAUGGAUUAGUGGAUUUAUGGAUGCCAUGAGCCCAUGACUACUCAGUUUCCCUCGCGGAAAAGGAACCAACCUUUUGGCGGGAGACAGAAGGAAAGUUCCGGAACUCGAUAAACUAAAAUUCGUUUUCUGGAUUUAGAUUUUGAAAUUUCGGAUUUAUCCUUCAUUUCACCGCUCUCUCUAGAAAUUGCAGUCAGAGUAACUACUAUGGGUUCUCGGGCGUUCUCUUUACUGUUCCGUUCGGAGCCUUCAUUCAUCAAUGGCGGAAGAAGAGGAGAUCCUGGAAGAAGCGUCGAUCCGGACGGAAUUCCCUGCCGCCCGAGUGAAGAAGAUAACGAGGCUCGACAAGGAAGUCAACAAGUUUCUCGCUGAGAAGUCAGCCGAAGUCGCCACGAAGAAGAAGCGGAAGAUUGUGAAGACUGAACACAUCCGAAUCGCCGUCAAGAGGCACCGACCGACCAACGAUUUCCUCUUAGACUCGCUUCCCGCGCCGCCAGCUCCUCAGCUGCAGAAAGAGGAUUCUGCAGGUCGUAAGCGCGAAGUUGCUAACAAGCAGCCACCGACCGGAACUCGCCGGAUCGACGCUUUCUUUGCUAAAUCAGCGAGCGGUGCUUCCGCUUGAGAAUCGCCGGUAGAUAGCUGAUCUUUACCUAAAUCUCUAUUGUUCUACGAAUUAGGUUCUGUUUGGAUUGUAAGGUGAUUUUCCUUCGAAUUCCAUAUUAGGUAUUUGGAAUUUCGAAUGCUUGCUUGUUGAGAGUUGAUAUCGAAGAGCAAAGCUGUAAACUCAUUUGUUAGGUUUACCAGAACAGCAACUUGACAUCUUCAUUUUAAGAAUAUAUCAAUCUCAAAGAAAAGUUUAUUCGAUCAAAGCAUAUAUACAACUAUACAACGGUGCUCAUCAAACUAACUAAAAGGAGGUUAAAUGUGCUGCAACUAUAGCAUAGACAAUUUCUGCCUAAGUCGGGAAACUUGGUUGAUUGUUCAAGGGGACAAGGGGCCUGAAAAUGUUGAGAUUACUGAAGCUGUUUCUUCUUGACAUCGUGGAGGAAUCCCACGACGAGUAGGAAGAGGAAAUUUAGUUUCUUGCAUUUUCUUUUCUUCCUUUGUGUUUUGAGUUGCAGAAUAAUUUAUGCUGUUGCUACCCAAAUGUUGGAUGCUCAUAGACAGCCUUCCUGUUUGACGGGGCGGCAUAGCUUAAACAUCCAUUCAAGCUUCUGUUGGAAGGGCGUCGACUACUGGUGCUUGGUCUAGAACUGAAGGGGGGUUCAGGUUCUACUACUUGGAUCUGCACCUUCUUUGUUUCCUGCUGGGGCAUCUCAUGUAAGGUAAGAACACAAAGACGGAUGGUCAGGAUAUGUAUUAUUUCGUCUUUUAACUUGACCUAUUCUAGACGAACUAGGAUUAUCUGAUGAACUAUCUAUUAGAGCAAGUUGUGGAUAGAUUUUUACUUGUAUGGAUAUAUUCAGUUUUGUGACACUCACCUUUUGCCUUUGCUUCUUGUCCUCUUUCACCAGCCUUACACAUGUUGUAUUCUUCUAUCAUUGCCAUCAAAGGUACCUAUAUAAGAAUCUUAGGUUAGUGAUUGAAGUGCAUUAUGAAGCUCAAUGGUAAAUCACUCUGGGUUGAGUUUCUAAGAUUACCUGGAAUCUUAUUGACUAGGAUUCUGGCCUUUUUCUGCAUGUCGCAGAUUCCUGUGAGCUCUUCAGCUGACUGAAUACCAAUUCUCAUCCUGAACUAUAUGUGAAGUGUUAGUUAGGAUAUUCAUAUUGAGUUGGUAGAGUAAUUAUGUUGUUGAUUUGGUCAGUUAGAACUUGACCAUGCAUACUCUUCAAAACUUGGACGAUAUACACUGUUUUGGAAGAUAGCAAUAUUGAUUGUCACCUUCUCAGUGCGUUUUUGUUUCUCUUCCUUUAGAGAUUCCAAGGUACUGUCCAGCUUAGCCAAUAUGCUGUCAGUUAUGUUAUUGGAAAUGCCACACAACUCAUUUAGAGUUGGAUGAACCUUGUCAAUUAUCAUUGAGGACUCUAUUCCUAAUAUAGCAUUAAGGUUCCGGAUCGUGUCUAUAUACUUCUCCACUUGCUGAAGCCUGUCAUUCUUUUUACGGAGAAGAAAGAGGAAGCUUUAGAAUCAUAUACCAAUGUGCAUUUGGUGUUUGAAGUUUUAAAAGACAUGUACCCAGUCAACUAUUACCUUAUCUUUGUGUAGUCUUUGCAGCUCACUUUGGUAUUCCUCGAGUUUCUUCAAUGAAAGGUCAUUCUCAGUUAAUAUGAUGUUAGUUAAUGAAUCAUCAUACCUGGAAUGACCUGCAAUCUCUGCUGAUAUUUUUUGGAUUUGCCCUUGCACAGCUCGAAACUGGUUGAGUCUAACCUCUUUCCUGAGACGCAUCUCUCUCAAAGCUGGGGUGAUUGCAGCCAACUGCUCCUUCAGUGUUCCUGAUCUCAGGCUGCAAAGAAGGAAGAAAAAAAAAGGAAAGGUAAUGCAGUGAAUACAUACUAAAACGUUCUUGUAAGGAGGAGCAAUUUCUAGCCAGGCAAGGAAAGGUAAUGUAAUGAAUUCCCGGAAUAAGCCAGGCAAGUUGAUCUAUUGUGCACAUUUUUUACAUUGAAAUUUGGUCAAGUUAUUUUCUUCUGUUAUUUUCGUGCUUGAUGAUUGUGUAAUGUUAUUCUACUGCAUUGUGAACCUCACUUCCUUGAGUCCAUCCUGUUCUCGAAUUAGAAUUCCUUGCAGUCCAAAUCAGUUACGUUUGUGUGUCAUCUCUUCCGCUAAUGCCUAACUUCGAGUCCUUCAAUUUUGUCAAAAGUGAUCUAUAACAACUAAGAAAUUUGUACAAUUCAACCAGUUGAUGUUUUCAAAGCCUGAGUUGCACUUCUGCACUCAACUCAUAUGAAGGUAGCGUAGAGGAAUGGUGUUAUAAAAAAAAAAAAGUGGAAUGUGCAGCAAGUAUUAUAAUAGAUGUAGAGGUAGCUGAAUGGGUUCGAACCCUGGUCGACCAAAAGUGUCAAAACUAACACUAUAAUUUGAAACGGUGCCUUUUAAGGCCUGUGUUAGAGAAUACCAAUAUACCAUAUCGCUUGUUUGGCGAUAGUCCAUCAUCUUUAUAAACCGUAGCCGUAACUAGUGUAUUGUCCCUUCGGGGACAUCCGAUAAAAUUGGAACGAUACAGAGAAGAUUAGCAUGGCCCCUGCGCAAGGAUGACACGCAUAAAUCGAGAAAUGGUCCAAAUUUUUUUUCCUACCUCCGCAAUUUUUUUACCCAACAUUCCUGUUCUUGUGCAGAUUUUGAUUCAGGAGUGAUUUUUACUCAUGCAUUUUUGUUCCUAUGCUAAUGCAGAGGCUCAUAACAAGAAUGACACGCAUAAAUCGAGAAAUUGUCCAAAAUUUUGUUCCUACCUCCGCAAUUUUUUUACCCAACAUUCCUGUUCUUGUGCAGAUUUUGAUUCAGGAGUGAUUUUUACUCAUGCAUUUUUGUUCCUAUGCUAAUGCAGAGGCUCAUAACAAGAAUGACACGCAUAAAUCGAGAAAUUGUCCAAAAUUUUGUUCCUACCUCCGCAAUUUUUUUACCCAACAUUCCUGUUCUUGUGCAGAUUUUGAUUCAGGAGUGAUGUUUACUCAUGCAUUUUUGUUCCUAUGCUAAUGCAGAGGCUCAUAACAAGAAUGACACGCAUAAAUCGAGAAAUUGUCC